GUGAUUGGAUUUGUGGCUGCAGUGUGAGAAAUGCAUUUUUUUGCUAUCCGUGUUUACUGUUUUCGAAUGACGCUGUAUGGGCGAAAAAUGGAGUAACUGACAUUAAGCAUUUAAAAGUGAAAAUUACAAAACAUGCCUCUUCAACUACUCAUAUAAAUUCAUCAAUGAGUUACGCAAGUUUAGGACGUGUUAACAUAAGACAGCAACUUGAUAGUGUAUAUCGUAAAUCUGUGCAUGACUUUAAUGAAUUGGUAUCUAAAAAUAGGUAUAUUUUAAACAAACUAAUCGACUGUGUAAAAUUUUGUGGAGUUUUCGAAAUUGCAUUGCGCGGUCAUGACGAAAGUGACAGCUCCAAUAAUCGUGGAAUUUUUCUGGGCCUUAUCGAUUUUGUUUCUGAACUGGAUUUAAUGUUUAAAGAACACAUUGAAAAAAGUACAGUAUUUAAAGGAACAUCGAAAACAAUUCAGAACGAUAUUUUAGAAUCAAUGUUAGCCAUUGUGCAUACUCAUAUCAUGAAGGAGAUUGGCCAGACAAAUUUUGUGGCCAUUCAAGUAGAUGAGACCACAGACAGCUCCAAUAAAACGCAGAUGAUUAUCAUAUUGCGAUAUGUAUUAACUGGUAUUGUACAUGAAAGAUUUUGGAAAUUUGUUAACCCCCUAGGUACUACAGCACAACAUUUAACUAAUGUAAUAUUGGAAGAACUUCAAUUAUUAAAAAUUAAUGAAGCACCUGAAAAAUUGAUUGCCCAAAGUUACGAUGGUGCAUCAGUCAUGAGCGGUAAACUGGGAGGAGUACAAACAAAAAUUAAAGAAAUAUACCCAAAUGCACACUUCAUUCACUGCUAUGCCCAUCAAUUUAAUCUUAUCCUCCAAAAAGCGGCGAGUCAACACAAACCGAUAAAAAUAUUUUUUGCAAAUUUACACGGAUUUUCGUCCUUUUUCGGCCGAUCUCCAAAACGUACGAUGGUUCUGGAUAGAGUGGUUAAAGUAAGGCUACCUAAAGCUGCGCCUACUCGAUGGGCUUUCAAUACAAAAUGUGUUGAAAUUGUAUACACUUAUAAAGAUGAUUUAAAAUCUUGCUUAGAGGAAAUUAUUGAUGAGGAGCAAGAUGGUAACAAUAUAAAUCAAGCAACUGGUUUAAAAAGACAUUUGGAAGAUGAGCAUUUUUUAUUUUGGUUAAAUUUUUUCCAUAAAAUAAUGCCCCAUGUUGAUAUAUUGUUUAAACAAUUGCAAAUGCGAGACAUUGAUGUUAUAUCUGUCAAAAAUUGUAUCCUGUCUUUUAACAACAAUAUCCAAAUAAUUAGAAAUACUAUUUUGGAAUCAGAAGUACCAAGCACAUCAACAGCAAAAAAAAGAAAAACUACUGCAGAGGAUCCAAAGCGACGAACUGCACUUGAAAUUUGUGAUAUUAUUAUAUCUGAAAUAAAUCACAGGUUUAGUUUCAAUGAUCAUCUCAUGAUUUCACAGUUAUUCUACAUAGAGAAAUUUGAAGCAUACACUACCAACUUUCCGCAAAAUAUUUUAAAAAUGGUGACGGCUAAUUAUCCCACAGUGAAUAUUUCCAAACUAAAAUCGGAACUUGAAGUCUUAUAUUGUCGUGAGGAUUUUCGCAAUAGUGCUGGUGCAGUAGCCAUACUUCAGCUUUUUAUUAACAUGAAUUUGUCUGAAACAUUUUCUGAAGCAGUGAAGUUAUUAAAUAUUUUGUGCACACUCCCUAUGACAACCGUGGAAAGUGAGAGAUGUUUUUCUACUUUAAAAAGAGUAAAAACAUUCCUGCGUAAUACGAUGGGACAACCUAGACUUAGUGCCUUGUCUAUGCUGAGCAUCGAGAAAACGCUUGUCAAGAGCAUUCCAAAUUUCAAUGAGAAGGUCAUAGACUAUUUUGCAGAACUAAAGGAUAGAAGAAUUGACUUAAAAUAUAAAAAUAUUUAAAGUAAGUUUCGUUUUAAUAAAUUUACAAUUUAUUAUACUAUAAAUAUUCCUAUCUAUAUAUCAGUCAAUAACCUGUUCAUACCAUUUUUCCUAUAUUUUUUAAAAGAUUUACUCUAAAAAAAGACAAAUUUAAUUUUCGGAAAACUAGGGUAAAUAGUAUUGAGUUUUAUCUAAGUCUGUAUUUUUUAUCUAAAAUAUAAAUGCUAAAAGAUCUUUUAAAUACUUUAAAAAAUCAACAGUUUGAAGUUUUCAAACCAAAAUGACCCCCCUGAAGAUUGACCCACGAGCCGCCGCUGCUCCUACUGAAGACGUACGAGACAAACAGCUGUCUAGGGAUGGUAAAUAUUCUCUGAAACGACAUUUCACUUUUUAAAAAAUCAUCAUUUUGUUUUAUUCCAUUUCAAAGUCCUAUACCUCUAUAAAAAAC